AUCUCUUUCACCAGCCACGGUGCCAUCAGUAUUAGGGCACCUGGCAUGACAAUUAAAUCAUCAACUAAAAACCAGGCAGCGAGAACCAUGGCUUAAAUCAAAGGUCUCUGGUGUCUCUCUUUAUAUCACCGUGGCCAUCUUCUAAGUACGCCUCUCUCUGGAGUCCUCUGCUAGAUGGAAGGAGAGGGAGCGGUCAGAGUAGCCGACUUUGUUCCCGCGGCGAAUGGAGAGGAGCCGACUCGACCCUUCGCCGAAUCCGUCCAGGAGAAUCCCCUCCCCGGGACGCCUCAAAACCCCGGGGAUCCUUCGGAUCCCAAACUCGACCGCAACGAGAUCUUUAGAGCCCUGGAAGUCGUGGAGAGGGACUCCACAGCCAUCGCCCAGAGCUUCGCUUCUCUCUUCUCCUCCCUCCGCUUGGCUCUAUCCGAGGUCACUAGUACUUCGGUUGAGAACAUGCAGUGCUUCAGUGAAGUUGUUGGCCGCUUGCAAGAGUCUGCUCUUGAUGCAGCAAGCAAGGGAAACAGAUACAUAAAUUCAUGCCUGAGAUUGAAUGAAGAAAUGAAGAGCCUGGAAACUCUUUCUAUGCAACUAAAGAUAUUGAGGAAGAAUGUGGAUUCUCUGGACCUGGCUGUGAACCGGUUGCUCCGUCUUCCAUGACAAUCGGACAUCCCCAGUUGACACUUUCAAUGUUACUCCUAAAGUUGCAUGUGUUCAACACGAUAGCUGAGCAAGAGGUUCUGAUUGAAUAUUGGCAAGGAUUCAGGCAAUGGAAACGCAUAGCAGCAGCUGGUUAGACAUAGGAGCAAUGGCAAUACAAAGUUCAGAGAAAACAGCGUUCAUGGAGAGUUGGAAAUCUGUUACCAUACUAUCUUUAGUGUUCCAAAAUCAUAAAAUGGGUCGAGCAGUUCUGUAGGAGAUUAGUCAUUCAAUUGUUUAUUUAGUCUUCUUUGGUAAAUUUGUGCAAACAUAAGAAGCGUUUUAUGACUUGUUUUGGAUAAUUUAAACAAGAAGUUAUCAGUAAGAGAUGAAAAUUAACAAAGUGGAGUUAAA